UGCGCGUAAUCCCGGUCUCUCUCCGUUUCCUCCCCCGUCUCCUUUUCUCUCUCCUCCCCCUCCGUCGCCUUUUUUUGAAGAAGAGGUAGAGCGAGAGAGAAAGCAAGCGUUCGAUUCCUCUUUCGUGUAGAGAGAGAGAGAGAGAGAGAGAGAGAGAGAGAGGAGAAGGGGAAAGGUGAUCGCUUUGGGGAUCGGCGAUGGGGAAAUGAGCUAAAGGUUCAAGUAGAGAAAAAAAUAAAAUAAAAGGUUAUAAAAAUAAGAAGAAUUAGAGAGAGAGAUGGGCAGGACGAAUAAGUGGUUUGCUGCUGUGAAGAAAAUUUUUAGCUGCGAAUCCAAGGAAAACAAAUCCAAGAGCAAGUCUAAGAAGAGAUGGUUUGGAAAAGUGAAGCACUCGGAGCCGCCGCCUACGGAAUCGGCGGCAAGUGAUGGUCCAUUACCACCACAACCCCCUCCUCCUAUUCCCUCUGAGGAGAUUAAGGAAGUUAGAUUGACGAGUGCGGAGAAUGAACAGAACAAGCACGUGUACUCUGUUGCGCUUGCUUCGGCUGUCGCAGCUGAGGCCGCUGCUGUGGCCGCUCAAGCCGCUGCUGAGGUUGUUAGGCUCACCGCCACGACUAGGGUUUCGGCUAAAUCGCGAGAGGAGGUUGCUGCAAUCAAGAUCCAGACCGCUUUCCGAGGGUACAAGGCGAGGAGAGCUUUGCGGGCCUUGAGAGGACUUGUCAGGCUGAAGUCCCUGGUCGACGGAAAUGCCGUGAGGCGUCAGACGGCAAACGCCUUACGUUCCAUGCAGACACUGGCAAGACUUCAAUCACAGAUUCGUUCUAGGAGAAUACGAAUGUCCGAAGAAAAUCUGGCUCUUCAGAGACAGCUUCAGCUGAAACGUGAAAGGGAACUCGAGAAAUUGAAGAUUGGUGAGAAUUGGGAUGACAGUCUUCAAUCGAAAGAGAAAAUCGAAGCCAAUCUCUUAAGCAAGCACGAAGCUGCAAUAAGAAGAGAGAGGACGCUCGCUUAUGCGUUUUCUCAUCAGUGGAAAAACACUUCCCGAACCGCCAACCCGACAUUCAUCGACCCCAACAACCCGCAGUGGGGCUGGAGCUGGCUCGAGCGGUGGAUGGCCGUGAGGCCCUGGGAAAGCCACACUACGCCAAAUAAAGCACCGGACAAUGUCGCCGCUCUUGCAAAAGAGGACAAUAACAAACCAUUCAUCGAUCGAACCCCUUCCGCGCGCCACAGACCGGCCCGUCCACCCAGCCGGCAAUCCCCUUCGACCCCCCCAUCAACGACACGAAAGAUCAAACCGAUGAGUCCGAGAAGCGGCCGGUGGGCCGCAGAGGACGAUUUGCGCAGCAUGCACAGCGUGCAAUCGGAACGGCCCAGAAGGCACAGUUUAGGAGGAGUGUUCGUGUCUUCUGUAAGGGACGACGACAGUCUGGCGAGCUCACCAGCUGUCCCGGGCUACAUGCAGUCGACAGAGUCUGCACGGGCCAAGGCCCGGUUCUACAGCUUGUUAAGCGAUAAGACUGAUACUCCCGAGAAGGGGGCCGUGUGCUCCGCGAAGAAGCGGCUAUCUUUUCCGGCGAUGGAUAAGCCCGGCUUGACGUCCCCGGGGAAGGGUGCGCGGCGGCACUCUGGCCCCCCUAAGCUAGAAAUUGCCUCAAUAACAAGCAAUGGAGAGAACAAGUAGAUCACUUCGGCUCCUCUAUUUAUUGCCUGAUUGUCGUGUUGUGUGUGGGAUUUUCCUCGGCUGAGAGGUUUGUUUCAUUGGCAAAAAAAGGAUGUUUGUGAAAUGUUUCUAACUGUGAUUUCGUGUCGUUGAUCACGUCGAGUUGUUGCGGUGUUUUUGUGCGCUUUCGCUUUUAAUCGAUGUACAUAGUGGUGUUUGUUUGGAUUGUGUAUGCUGAGAAUGGUUGGUUGUUGGGUGUUUGCAGAGUUAUGUUUAGUGUACUAACUAUUAAGUGUUAACAACUAAAACUUAGAUAAUUGUACCUUUAAUUUUUA